AUGAAUGUCACAGACAAGAGAGUUUCCUGUGAAAUCAGCACCAGUUUCAAGAACAAGCCACGCCUGUUUUCCCACGAAUCCCCCUUUAUCUACUACUGUUUAGCUUCUCUCAAAACCCUAACACCUCACAUCACCUGCCUCGCCGUCUACCGUAACCUUCUCUACGCCGCUUCUCUUAAUAUAAUCAACGUCUUCCAUGUUUCCCACUACACUCACAUGGACGCAUUCAACGACAACCGUGCCUCAGGAUUCGUCAAGUCCAUUGCCUUCUCCGAUUCCAAGGUCUUCACCGCUCAUCAGGACUGUAAGAUUCGCGUGUGGUUGAUCACUCCCUCCAAACGACAUCGCCUCCUCUUCACCCUUCCCACCGUCAAGGACCAACUGCGUCGUUUCAUGCUUCCCAAGAACUACGUCAACGUUCGCCGACACAAGAGGAGGCUGUGGAUUCAACACUGCGACACGGUCUCGGGUUUGGCCGUGAAUGAGGGGCUCAUGUACUCGGUUUCUUGGGACAAGAGCUUAAAAAUCUGGGACGCCUCCGAUUAUCGGUGCAUGGAGUCCGUGAAGGCGCACGAAGACGCCAUCAACGCCAUCGCCGUUUCAGGGAACGGAACGGUGUACACGGCUUCGGCUGAUGGAAGUAUUAGAGUGUGGGAGAGGGAAGAGAAUGCGAAAAAGUACAGAUUGGUGAACAGCCUAGAUAAGAAGAAAUCAACUGUGAAUGCACUUGCGUUGAACGGCGACGGGACGGUGUUGUUCGCCGGGGGUUGCGAUAACAGGAUUUCGGUGUGGGAGAGGAAGAAGGGGACGAACGACGUCGUGUUGGCGGAAAUGCUCAGGGGUCACAGUGGGGCGAUCCUGUGUUUGAUCAACGUGGAAGGAUCCUGGAUAGCGAGCGGGUCAGCUGAUCAGACGGUGAGGAUUUGGGGAAAGGGAAGUGGAAGUGCGUACAGUUGCAGAGCUGUGUUGGAAGGUCACAAGAAGCCGGUCAAGUCACUGGUGGCAUUUUCAGGCGGUAAAGAUGCCGAUAAUGGGGUCGUCACACUCUUUAGCGGAAGCCUUGACGGGGAUAUUAGAGUGUGGCAGAUAAUAGGCUUGAAUACUCUACCUUCAAAUAUAGCAAGCCCCCUUUAAUCUGAACGGUCCUAUAGGACUAUGGAAUGGAAAUCAUAGCAAUGAGCAUUAUUAAAUGUAAUACACCAACAAUGU